UUACUAAAUAGAUUUUACAACCCCUCAUAUAUUCGUCUACUGACGCAUAUUUCAUACGGCACGACGUACAUAUACUUUUCGACAUUUAUAGGACACAAUGGCGAUCUUUAGUAUUUCAUGCAUUUGCACUCUUGAAUGACACAUAAAUCCUCCCCCGCCAUGGACAGACAAAAUAGUCGAUAGCAGAACUUGUCUCGUGUGGUUGGAGAAAAACGGGACGAUUUCACAGCAAGGACAUUCGAUUAACUCUGAAAUGAGCAGACUCGAUUUGAUAAGACGAUUCAAAAUGUUUGGAUUUGCACCUCGUAGCUAUCUCAUUAAGAUUCCAGUGUGGCGUCCUCGAUGGGUAGACAGCGCAUCAAACCCAAUUCAUGGUCAACUGGUCUCGAGGGUCUCUCCGUUGUCGAUCCCAUCCAAACUGGCUUCAACCAACAGGCUGCUGUGCGUCAAACCAAUCAACUGGGCUGGCUCACGUCUCUGCCAUUCAGACAAGAGAGACACCAAAGAAGGUUUUACUUUGAGAGCCCUAACUCAGGCUCCCAAGCCUGCACUGUACCUUGGUUUCUCUGGGCUCAUCCCAUUUGUGGCAGCCCCGCUCCUCAUGGCGACCACUCAGUCUUUCUACCCAGAAGUGGCAUAUGCUCAAAUGCUGUAUGGCGCUUGUAUAGUAUCCUUCCUCGGAGGUGCCCGAUGGGGGUUUGCCAUUCCUGAUGGUAGUCCUGCUCAACCUGACUGGAUGAACUUGGGCAACAGCGUAGUUCCAUCACUUCUGGCCUGGCUGGCUCUGCUCUGCAGGGACAAUGUCGUUGAGGGUGCUAUGUUGGUUAUGAUGGGACUAGGACUUUCUUUACACUAUGACUUGACACUGCUACCUGGAUACCCAGCCUGGUUCAAAGCCAUGAGAACUGUCCUCACUCUGGUUGCUACCUUCUCACUGGUGGCAACGCUGAUUUUGAAGAAGUUCUGCACUGAGAAGAAGCUAAAAGAGUUUACCGAUUAAAACGUUUCAGUCUGAUCCAAACA